AGCCCAGAUGCCUCGCCAGGCCGCCUCGCGGUUGGUGGUCGGAGACGGUGACGGGCCCCAGGGGACUUCGGGGCCUGCAGCCACCAUGCUCCGCUCCCUGCUGCUUCACUCCCUGAGGCUCUGCGCCCAGACCGCCUCGUGCCUCGUGCUCUUCCCGCGCUUCCUCGGCACGGCCUUCAUGCUCUGGCUCCUCGACUUCCUGUGCAUCCGCAAGCAUAUCCUGGGCCGCCGCCGCCGGGGGCAGCCCGAGCCAGAGGUGGAGCUCAACAGUGAUGGCGAGGAGGUGCCCCCCGACGACCCACCCAUCUGCGUGUCCGACAGUAACCGUCUGUGCACCCUGGCGUCGCUCAAGGCAGUGUGGCACGGCCAGAAGUUGGAUUUCUUCAAGCAGGCACACGAGGGCGGGCCGGCGCCCAACUCCGAGGUGGUCUUGCCCGAAGGCUUCCAGAGCCGGCGCAUCCUGGACUAUGCGCAAGGGAACCGCCCGCUGGUGCUCAACUUCGGCAGCUGCACCUGACCACCAUUAAUGGCGCGCAUGAGCGCCUUCCAGCGCCUGGUCACCAAGUACCAGCGCGACGUCGACUUCCUCAUCAUCUACAUCGAGGAGGCCCACCCCUCCGACGGCUGGGUCACCACGGACUCCCCCUACGUCAUCCCACAGCACCGCAGCCUGGAGGACCGCGUCAGCGCGGCCAGGGUGCUGCAGCAAGGCGCACCUGACUGCGCCCUGGUCCUUGACACCAUGGCCAACGCCAGCAGCUCCGCCUAUGGCGCCUACUUCGAGCGCCUCUACGUCAUCCAGAGUGGCACCAUUAUGUACCAGGGCGGCCGAGGCCCCGACGGCUACCAGGUCUCCGAGCUGCGCACCUGGCUGGAACACUACGAUGAGCAGCUGCAUGGCGUUAGGCCCCGUCGGGUGUAAACAACCCACGGACGAUUGACUGGACUGGGCGAACUGGGCCUAACGGCCUUCGAAAGCCACGUGCAGGCGUCCCAAACGAAGUCAAGCUUGGCGAGGCCCCAGUGCUACAGAAGGGCUGAGCCAGGGCCCUGAGGCUGAGUCUGCGCCCUCAGCCACCCGCAGACUCCAGGACUCCUGCCUUCCUGGGACUCUGCUUCUGUGGCACUCUCAUUUGUACCUGGCUGGCUCAGAAUCCCCUUAGGGGCGCAGAAGUAGCGCGCACCCUAGUCUGUGUUCCCCCGGGACUUGCCCCGCCCCCCCCAGCACUUUCUCGGCCCCUCUCCCCAGCGCGCCUUCAG